UCGCCUUGGUUUCAUGGCGCAUCUCCAUCCAUUGCUAUUCACCAUGCCCCGUAGGCUGGGACUCGAAUGAACUGCUGAGCUCGUUCAUUCAAUUCCCUCCACGCCUCAUUGGCAGGGCAUGGCAUCCCAUCGCAUCGCAUGGGCGUUACUUUCAGCUUUACGGUUAACAACAUACACUCUACACUCUACACUUCACUUCCAGUGACUCCGGUCGGUCCUUACAAUAUACUAUCGUCUCGUACUCGUGUUAAUGUGCCUCCCUCCCUCCUCACUCGCCAAAGAUGUUAUUCUCUUGGGGCUGUACUUCGAUUUCACAUUAAGUGCAGUACAUUUGCUUUUCUCCUUUCCCUUUCCCUUCCCUUGAGCUCCUGCGUCUUACACCAGUUUCGUUCCUUCUCAUGACAUGGACUGCUCGAGCAGCAGUCCACCGAUGCAGAUGCAGUUGCAGUGCUGUGCAGUGCAGUUGCGUACCGUCGAUGGUCUGGGAACAUGGUGUGACGUUUAUUUGGCUACCUGCUCAAUGAUACUCAAUCUUGCCGGGCUUGGGUUGGGUUGGGUUGGGGGGGUGUGUGUACUUUGGAUCUACGCAUACUAAAGUACGUGUUCAGCUGGCUGGCAGUCUACCAUGCUCGCAGCUGCUUUUGCGCAAUGUGAAGUCGUGGGUGGUUGUUGUUGAUGUGCUAUUGCACUCGAAUGACCUGCUCUGAGUCUCUGACCUGCUAAAUCCUAUUCUGUAACGAACUUCAACCUCGACUUUAUGGUGUGUACCUCAACCACACACACCUUCAGACCGACCAGCAGCAACGAGUUGAGCUUCAAUCCAUCUUUGCAUCUAUCGCCUGAAUCAGCAUCAUUAUCAUCAUCGUCAUCUUCUUCUUCUUCGUGUGCCUUCCUUCCUCUGGGAAUAGUUCUAAAUCGGACGGAGCGAGAUCUCUGCCACAGGUCUUCCUCGGAACGUGAAACUUCUCUUUGAGUAUUAUAUUCCCAUGAAAAUUCCCUGGUCCAUUCUGCUACAAUAGCCAAGGCUCUGUUGAGGCUUGGCUACCUUGGAGACACCGAGAACCCAAUGUUCAUUGCGUUGUACGAGGAUAUCUAUGUGACCCUGUCUGGUGUGCUAGCCAUGGGGAUCCCCGAGCUUUAUUGGAUACAUCGAGUAUCUGGGUAUGAGAAUCAAGCCAGGAAAUCAUGAAGUAUCCUAGAUGAGUGAGUGGCAGAGGAGACCAACAAAUUCAUCGCCUCUCUCAGGGGUCGCUCGGAAUGAUUCAUGGCGCAGUAGGCAGGCGCAUACGAUACGCAAUGUGGCGACCAUGGAACGUAGUUAUUGACUGCCGUUGCCCCGGAUGAGAAAGUCCAGCUCGGCAAGUUAUGCAGAACCAACGCCAUAGAUUCCCUCAAGUUCCCAAUCCGAUCAGUGUUUGCGGUUUUAAGCGAGUUUAGCCAUCCGAACAUUAGUCCUCGAUCUUCAUUUGAAGGGGGGAAUUAAAAUGAUUAAGACUGAGAAUGUACUUCCCUCGUCCACUCCAUCCCGUCCAUCAUGAUUCCUUGAACUCUAAACUUCCGGUUAAUUGUGCGAUUGUAACCUUCGCAUGUUGACCUUCGCAUUCACGUAUCACUGUUGAAUUGUGAGGCAGGGGUUCUCGUGCAUGAUGAAAUUAGCAGGACGAUGGUUUAGAAGGUAGUAAAGAUGAGGGAGAGAGGGAGAGAGGGAGAUGAGGGAGAGAGGGCAUGAUAAAACCGAUCACCUCGACACAUUCAACUUCAUCAUUUCUUGACGUCACCCAAAGUUGUGUCAACACGUUUUCGUGUGAAUUUCAGUUGAUUGAAGUGUUUCGAAUCCUCUUCUCUGACAUGCCGAAAAACAAUAAAACGGCGAGUGAAUGGG